GAAGCAGUAAUCUACUCAUACGAAACUCACGAUGCCUGAUCCCGUGAAAGCGCCGAAGAAGGGCUCAAAGAAAGCCGUUUCUAAGAGCGUCUCCAAGACCGGCAAGAAGAAGAGGAAGACCAGGAAGGAGAGCUACGCCAUCUACGUGUACAAGGUGCUGAAGCAGGUCCACCCCGACACCGGCAUCUCGUCCAAGGCCAUGCUGAUCAUGAACUCGUUCGUGAGCGACAUCUUCGAGCGCAUCGCCGGCGAGUCCUCCCGUCUGGCUCACUACAACAAGCGCUCCACCAUCACCUCCAGGGAGAUCCAGACCGCCGUCCGCCUGCUGCUGCCCGGUGAGCUGGCCAAGCACGCCGUGUCUGAAGGCACCAAGGCCGUGACCAAGUACACCAGCUCCAAGUAAACCCGCUGAUACACCAGCAACACAAAGGCCCUUUUCAGGGCCACCACUGUUUACACUAAGAGCUCUCUUCCUGUUUAAUAAGUCAGUUUUGUUCAAUAUCCGAUACGACUGAAUUUUUCUCAUUGUAAUUAAAGUUAUUCUGUCUCCAUCGAAGAAUCUGUCUUGAUGGCUUUAGUAGCCUAUA